GAAAUCGCAAAGCAUGAUGGGGACUGUUUGAAAAGUUCCCGCGUUCACAUCUGCUCUCACCAUGAAUUGUAUAUUUGCGAACAUCGCAGAAGAGAGAAAAAGAGUAUUUUGCAGCUACAGCGAGCAAGUGCCAUCCUCGGGAACCCAGGAAGUAAAGGUCACAGGCGCAAGAACGAUGCAGAACAAGGCCGGCAGAGGGGCUGGAAAGAAGAGAAAAAUGUCUUCUCCUGGGACAAAAACCCAACCCAUAGUUGGCCAUGCUCCCUAGGUAUACACAUGAGUGUGUAAUGUGCAGGGAACCUUUCUUCCAUCAGUCAUCUUCGAAAUUGCCACUAAUAGGAGGUCUGUCAAACUUGAUUACAAUUUAAGAAAGGCGAAUAGAGAAUUUAAGUUCUGCAUCAUCAUACAACCCUGUAUACUGGUUAUUCAAUAUUUUCUUUUUUUGACAGCCAAACCAGUAAAACCGUGAUCAUGGAAAAUAUGUAUGGAAUGUUUGUUCUGACCAAUCACAUGCAAUAUUUUAAAACAGCCAACUAGAAUCAUGUCUCAACAAGUUGGUGUCAGAACGCAAUAAACGUUACACUUACAUGUUGGAUGUGCACGGUUUUAAAAGUCUAGCUCCAAAGGAUGUUUGUAACAAGCGUAUUUUUUCGUUGCUGUUAUCUCUUUCAGACAGUCCCCAUGCGCACGCAAUGAGUAUCUUAUGAAAUAUUUAAAGAAAAUAUAGCUAUUAGGACUGCUACAUGAUUAUAAGCAUAUUGCUUUCUCGUGUAUUUUUUACGUAUAAAAGCGAUAUAUUUUUAACGAAACAUCAUUAAUUUCAGAAAGACGUUAAUAUGUGUAAUAAAAAUUAGUGGCGAGGUGUGUUUUGUUAAUGUCACCCAGUUUCGGAACAUCGUCGCUUUGGUGUCAAUACUUUUCAUCGGGUUAAAUACGACCACCUGUGUCUUUAUUCAAAACAUCAUCGCCAUUUCACUUUGCAUGUGUGAAUUGGUUAACUUAACGUGGUUACUUAUCUUUCUUGACUAACCUGGAACCUAGAUUGUAUUCCUUGCCUUCAAAAUAAAAUGUUUUCAUCAAGACAGCUAAAUUUUUCUUUAUAAAACUUUCAGCAACUUACGCAAUUAUGAUAUCUCUAGAAAUAAUUUGAUGAUUCUUUAAAUAUUAUUCCGCGAUAUAUGUUCGUUUUUUUUUCUAAAACACACAAGUAUUAAGCUCAACCAAGGUAUAGUUAAGGCAAAGUUCCGGUUUUGAUCAUUUUGUUAGGAGAAAUAAUAAAUUAUGCUUUCUAGGCUGUAAAGGCACUUUAUUGGUUGUGACAGAUGUUUUUUUACUCUAGGUAGACAUAAAAUAUUAAUAGUAUGGAUACUAUGUUGGAAACGAACGAGUCUGACUUUUAAAGGGGGAGAACUUGAAAACAUAAAUACCGAGACUUCUUUUCUGACCGCAAAUCGUGCUUAAGUAGAGUUUUAAAGGAAAAUUUAUAACACAGGGACCUUUCAAGGCACAAGGGAAUGUAAACAAGCAUAUUUGAGAGUUUUAAGUCUGUUUGAAAGUACUUAAUAAUUAUGCGUUGGAAAUUGGCGACUUGGUUUGUUUUUGGAGCUACUUUUGCCUUGGUGUCUAGCGAGGUCUGCGACAAAUCGACAUUCAUACCGAAGGCUCUUGUAUGCCAGUUAAAUAUCUUCAUCCAUUCUAAUGACACUGGUCAAGCUUCUCUUCUUGUCAAUGACAAGGAUUACAUGGGUGUUGGAAUUGGAAUCUAUCUUGCUGCCUUUCAUCUUCCUACAGGGAAUCUGAUCACCUCUUCACAUCACGCUGUUGACGGUGGAGGAUCAGUAGCUGCCACAAGCUUCAAGGAUGCUCUGCUCAACCUUCCAAACAACACCGUCGUCGUCCUUGCUGUGAAAGAUUCAGGCAACGAUGAAAGCUCUCUCAAUGUCGCCCAUGAUGCGAUGAGAGAAGUUGGUAUAGUUAACCCUGAUAUCAAGCGGAAAGACGUAUUUACAAGUGUCACUUGCAAGGGUUGUUAUAAUGCACCCUUUUGGCCGACUGAGUGCAAGAGGAGUGAUAACACCGGUGACUGCUUUUCCUCUGUUUCGGUGCCCGUGAAUCACACUUAUGCUGUCAGCGAGUUUGUGAGAACUCCGUACGGCAAUGUAGCGUCUAUUCACCACGGGGCAACAUGCAAUGCAUCCACGGAGUUUGACGUAAACUACCCUUGCACCAAGGCCAUCGAUGGUAAUAAAGACAGUGAAUGGAGAUCCAAAGGCCAGGGCGUAGGCGCCAGCAUCAACAUCGAGUUGCGUGGCACGUAUCUCGUGAACAUGGUGCGAAUAUAUCAGCGCAUCGAAAGUGCCAGCCAGUCACAGGACGUGCGCAUCGAGUUCAGCGAUUGCUCCGUAAUUUCGGUGAAGCUGGAGAAUAAUUUGCAGGACUUCAAUGAAUUCCACUUCUCAUCUCGUCUUACUAGCUGGGUCAAACUUCUCGUCUCAUCAGUGUAUACCACACAGGACAACGGAUUCAAAGAAAUUGAGUUUCUUUACUAUCCCUACGACACAGGUCUCGCUUGUGAGCGUACAGUUGUUGGAAAUGGUGUCACCUCACACGCCAUACGCAUCUUGGGCGGCGCAUUCCCACUCGCCAUCAAGUCGUCAAACGUGAAAUUUAUACUCGCUAAAGAAAGUCGUGUAGAUGGGCCUCGCCUUGAGCUUGAAAUAGACUCCACUUCAAACAACGUGACAACACUAAGAAUAUCAUCAGCAGAUGGUAGCGAAACCACCCUGUUCGCGUCUUUGCCACCAGGGGAGUCAAUCUUGAGUUCCACUGGAAUGGUGUUCGCCUGGUUUGAUGCUGGCGACGGUUAUUUUGCAUUUGGUAUUGGCGAAGAGACCAAGCUUUUCUUUCCUUACAAGCAAGAGUUUGACUUAAACUACAUCUUUUUUAAGUCCCUGGUUGGUGAGACUGUGGUGGAUGUUUGCCAUAGAAAAGUACUCGUUUGCGAGGACGCCGCUCUGUGUAUGCCUUUACGCACGCUCAGCGGAUCGUUCGUGUUCGACUCCGUGUCAGCAGCUCAAGGGCGUGUCCACGGGGCGGCGGCCACAACGACGGUCGGCCCGUACACCGCCCUUUCACUGGACGGGUCCAGUACCUUCGUGGAUGGCAUUCAAAUCGAGGACAGGGACGACGCAGCUUGUUUCAGUAAUCCGGAGAUGUGUUUGGAGGGACUGUCAGGUAGCGUUUUCCUGAACUUUCUGGCUACCGGAGAGGGGUACUACCUCUCCACAGGCAGUCCGGAAAACGACACUGGAAUCUAUAUUUACUCGGUGACUAACUCGACGCUCCGAGUUGACGUUCGGACUAGCAAUUGGCUCUGGCGGGUGGAGGCGAAUGUUAAUCACGGCUUGAUUAUCCUCGGCUUCAGUUGGGAGGAAUCUGAAGGUCUAACCGUUGUGAACACGGUUAACUCCGCAUCAACGGUCUACAAGGACACAAACGGCGCUGCUAUGACGUAUGUAGAGGACACUUAUUCGACCAUCAUCCUCGGUCGACCACACAACGUCACUUCCAAAUAUGGAAAGGGCUCCCUGGGCGAGGUCUGGUUGUUUUCGCACGCUCAGACGGAGAUGAUGUUGAAGAACAUUUGGAAGGGAUCUGCUACAGUUAAUUUCCCCGAGACAUGCUUCACCUCUGGAGCUACGCCAGCCCUGUACUACCCCGGCAACCUGAAUGAGCACCAGCUUUCCCCCUUCUCCUGUUCCAAGGUGUGCGGCGAGGAGUACUACAAGAAGGCCGUCAUAUGGGGCAGCUUGUAUUGCGGAUGCACCAAUGACACGUCCUCAUUUGUAUCCGUCGGCCGAGACCGCUGUUAUUUCCCCUGUAUUGGCAAUCAGGAAAAGAAAUGUGGUGGAGCUGAAGAUUACAUCAUCUUUGACACAGUCUCUGGGAGUUUCAGUCUUAAUUGCGAUGUCAUUCCGAGUAGCCAGAACGCCUUCCAGUCGUUCGAAUUCAACCCUGCUGCAACAACAACGUACUUAAAUUUGAUCCUCGAUUCUGAAACCUUCCUUGAGCCGGAUGGCUCAGCGACAGAGAUGAAACCCGAAACUAAAGACCUCGCCUAUUUAUUCACUAGCAUUGGUGUGAAGGCCACGUCUGUAGAAGCGAUGUUUACCUCAAACGAGACUGGAGAACCGGAAGUAGUUAGGUGCAAAAAGGAAGUAACGGUGGCUGUCGAAAUGAAGAAUUUCAGCUUCGAGUGCUUGCCUUUCUUACCAUCACUUACCUGGACUUGCUGUGACGCUACCUUCACGCAAGGAUCUGGCAUGACCAUCACCGUGGACUGGAAAGACGGCUCGUCUGUUGAGAACCUGAAAUUAUCCGAUUCCACUAUAUCGUCUGCUGGUGCGAUGGACGUAUCUCCUAUCGCUGAUCAGAGUGUCACCGCUCCUGGGUUUUACAUCCUACCCCAGGAAGACGUUGAAGUCGAGGGCAAACUAAUAGCAGUCUGCGCCAACAUAAAGAAAUCAGGCCUGUUGAGCAUUAAGGUUUGCCGUCCCUUCUGCAAUGCUGGCCACAGGUUUUGCUCCAAGCAGAAGAAGUGUAUUCCAGAGAGCACGUUUUGCAUCGAGGAACCCCUGACCUGUGCAUCACCCUACGUUUUCUCUCCGACGACCUCCAAGUGUGAGCAAAGGGGGUGGACUACUCCAGCCUAUAAGCCUCUCCCUGAAGCAGAGGACGUCUCGUACAAAUGCAACGUGGCCGUCUUCAUUGGCUAUUUUAGUGCUGGUCAGAAGUGCUUGAUGUUAACCAAUCAGACGGCGUCUGUCGAGAUCGGUGACAUUGUCGGUGUUGAUAUCCCGGACACUGAGUCACGUGCAAAUGUAGGGAUGACUUCUAGACAGGGCUCCUUCCGCUACGACUCUUUGAACGAAACGGACUGGAUUGGGUAUAGAAAUCCCGCUGUCUCUGGAAGCCCAAAGAAAUUAGACAAGGGUCCUCAAGUUAAAAUCAAGUACCUUCCAAAAAUAAAAUCAAAGCUCUGCCAUACCUUCACAAAAACCGGCACCUUUGCAACGUCCAUGUCUAUAGCAUCCGGAGGGGGAGGGGGUCAGGUUAUCGACCCUGUUACCGUUCAAGAACCUGUAGCCAACGCCACAUUCGAAAAGACCACCAUCCCCACCAACGCCCAGACCAACAUCUCCCUCGCAUCUCAUCCCGGAAGUGACGUCACAUACUUUUUCAUUUUAGGGGAUAAAAAUUACACCACUAAUACCCCUUGGGUUCUGUUUUCCUGUAACGCAGCUGGCGACCUUAACAUGACGGUGUUCGCUAAGAACAAUGUAAGCGUGUCGUAUUCAGUGUGCGAAGGCCAAUGUCAGGACCCCAUUGAUGGCCUUGGCUUUUCUAGUGAUGCACUCAUCCCAGUUAUGACUGGAAGUGAGGCGCAAAUAAAGUGGUAUCUAAACAACGGCUCGCAUGUCAACUUUGAUAUCGACCCAGGAGAUGAAACAGGCGUGAAGAAUCUGACUAACGCCAAAGUUCCCGGGGCUUAUUUUGUCGCAAAGUUCAGACAUAACUAUACAACUGCUGGUACAUAUCUGGUAAACAUUACGGCGUGCAAUGCGAUCGGUUGCAAGACCAUUACUGGAUAUCUGCAAGUUCAGGAUCCUAUUGCAAAUAUAACUAUCACAUAUGAACCAGUAGUGCCCCAUUAUGAGGCUGCGAACUUGAGUUCUACCAUUCUGAGUGGGACCAAUGUCAGCUACGUCUGGAAACUUGACAACGUUACAAUCGCCAACACAACUGACACUUCGUUCAUGUUUACUCCACACGAACAUGGUAUUUUUAACCUGACACUGUUUGCGUUUAACGAGAUAAGUAGCGCUGUCGUGAGGUGCUCUUUUCUGGAAGUUCAGGAGAAAAUCGCCCUAAUGACAGGCGAGCCUAUUGAGCCUGCCGGCGUUGGUCACCCCGCCUUCAUCAACUUCAAGAUCGAAAACGGAACAAGUAUUUGUAUUCAUAUAGACUAUGGAGACGGGCAAACCCACCAGUAUAACUGCACAGGUGAUGCGUUUGGCACUGCUUUCUACAUUGGCGCAGCUAACCACACCUACAUGGCACCGGGUAACUACUGUGUGAAUGUCACGGCGUCUAACAAAAUCGGACAGCUGUCAAUCGUACUUCGUGUCAUUGUGGAUGAGGUAAUCGAAUUCCCUGGGAUUUCGAUCAGUCGUAACACACAUAUAACGUCACCGGGAAGUGGAUGUGAUCCUCCACUCCAUGUUCCGACCAACGAAGCAGUCUACAUGUUUUACUCGAUAGUGAAUGGCACGAAUGUGAUCGUUGACUGGGACUUUGGAGACACGAAUAAACUGACCAAUGUGACAAAUUGGGCAUUCCCAUCACCUGGAGUCACCGUCAUUCACACUUACACCGCUCCUGGUAACUACUCCAUCAGCGUGAACUCUACCAACUCUGUCAGCAAUAACUUGACCUCCUGCCACGUGGUCGUCGAAGACCCGGUUGUGAACAUCGUGGUCACUUCAAACUCGCCUCGCGGUUACCCCCUAGGAGAUGUUAUUGUCACCACCACAACUCUGCCUCCACACCCCAGUGGGCCGGUCCAUUGUGUCGCUAACUUCAGUGAUGGAUCUACAUCAGGCUCAACUCUGAUGACGUUCUCGCCCCCCCUUCAGGUCUCCUUUGCGCAGCACAACUUACCAAGUAAAGGAGCCUACUACGUAACAGUUAAUUGUUCUAAUCAUAUCAGUUGGAAGACGGCGUCGGCGAUGAUCGAAGUGCAAGACGUCGUCCUAGGGCUAUCCUGUGCGAUCCUUGGGACUGCAAACUAUAGCUUGAGUGAAAGGCUAAGGGGCUCAGAAGGCUACGAUGGCCCAGGAAUGAACGAGACAAUCUUCCCCGUGGAGCACGACGUUAACUUCACGUGUAACAUUACCCAGGGCUCGAAUCUUACCUACACUUACACCAUCUGCGACGGCCGCGCAGACCAACAAAUGAUCAACAGCAGUGUUCCGCUUGCGACCCACAAGUUCCCCAGUAGCGCUGUUGGCGAAUGUAUUAUGAAAGUUAACGUUUCUAAUGAUGUAAGCUGGCAGGUUUUCCAGACCAAGUUGACAGUCGAACAGAGCGUGGUGUGCAAGUCCCUGACUAACACUGGGAACCAAGAAUUUGGAAUACCGAUCACCUUCGUAGGGACGUUCACCGCUGUUGGUACAAACACGGGCUGUUUGUUGAGUUUUGAUGACGGACAAAAAAAGUUCGUUAAACCCAGCAGCUCUUCUGCUGUUACUUCUGUUCCUAACCUAGGCACUAUCCUGUUUUCGGAUGCCGAUAAGAAAUUUCAAACCCCCUAUCUAUAUGCUACGGUUGGAACGUACUACGCGGAACUUGAAUGCUGGAAUCGGGUCUCGUGGUGUCUCUUUAAAGAUCUUCAGCACGGCAAUGAAUUACUGCAGAACAAGGCUAUUACCUUGAGACAGCAUUGCGAUAAUCCGGUCCCAACUAUCAACAAUAUCGGCAACCAAACGCAUCCCACAAGGGAACCAAAAUGGGGAACUACUGCUUAUCCCACAAGUACUUUUAUCAACUGCUCCGCCUCAAGUGUCGUCACCUUCAAAUGGGAAAUCUCCAAGUGCGAAGAUCCGAAAACUGUGUUGAAUAUAAGUGGCAUUGACGUAAGUCUUGAGACCUUUGUCUCACCGCCUCGUGCCCUCGAUUACGGCUGCUAUGUCCUGCACUAUAUUGCCAACCAUAGCGAAGUUCCUGAUGUCUACGGCGAAGUAUUUGGAUACCUGCUUAUAUAUCCGAGUGACUUGGUUGCAGAAAUUGCCGGAGGUGAUUUAAGAACCAUUGGCUCCAACAAGUCUUUGGUCUUUGACGGCACAAACUCACGAGACCCGGAUUUUGGUAAAACUAUCCUCGAUGACCCCAGCAUGAAAUGCUACUGGUAUUGUUACCGCCAUGGCGAUAAUUACACGUUCCCGGAGAGAAUUGACACUGGUAAUCUUUCCGCUCCUGUCCAAGACAGACCUGGACUUAAUAAGACGGACCUUGGUGGUUGCUUUGGCGAUGGAGCCGGUCGGCUAAACCGGACGGCCUGCACCUUUCAGCUUGACACUGGUCGGAUGAAAGAGAACAAUACAUACGAGAUGCGGCUGUUUGUCGUUCACACUGAUGGCCGGCAGGGGCACAAGACUCAGCAAGUAACGGUCACCUUUGGAGACCCGCCUUCCAUGUUUGUCAAAUUCUUGAGGAAAAAUCACGAAAAGUUGAAUCCAAACGAGAAGACUUCCCUCUACUGUUCUUGUCCAACAUGUUUGCCCGGUUCUGGCUCCCUCGAAAUGAAAUGGUCCAUCUGUAAAUACAAUGGAAGUUGCGGUAUUGGCGAGUGCGAAGAGCUUGACCAAGCCAUUAAAAACCAGAUUCUUUUAACACCUGAUGACAGGCCAAAUCUUGUGGUGAAGUCAAACGGGCUCGAACCCGGGCUUUGCUAUAAGUUUCAAUGUCAAGCCCGCCGUACAACAGGCGAGGUGACAAGAAGAAGAAGAAGAAGUGUAGGAGAACCGAUGUGGGGUUCAGCAAGUGCUCAGGCAAAUGUCAAUGCGCCUCCGCAAGGCGGGAGGUGCGUGCUUACUCCAAAUGUCGUAGAGGUGUUUACCAAGCAAAAAUUUAAGUGCACUGAUUGGGUGGAUGAAGACUUACCUCUUCAUUACGUGUAUGGCACUUCAUCUUAUGAAGAUCAGUGCAGGAAUAUCGUUGUUUUAGAGUCUCAGCCUAGCACCGAAAAUGAAAAGGAGUUCACGCUCCCUCCAGGCAAGAAAGAAAAUAACUUCACGCUUUGUGGAUGUGUGCAGAUUAAGGACAAGUCUAAUGCUGUAGCAGUUAGUGGAUGCAUUCCCACUCAGGUAAAAGAGCCGGAGAACGAGGUGCCACUAUCGAGCUUGAACGAUACUAUGAUGAACCUAGCGUCAUCGGGAAGCACUGAGCAAGCCCUAGCGUACAUUAGUUCAGUUGGCAUUUUUAUUAACGUUGUCGCAAGAGUUCAGAUUACCACCAGCGGCAGCACCACUGGAUCAGGUGGAGGGAGCUCAGGAUCAAGUGGAGGUAGCUCAGGAGGAGAGGUAGCACCAACGCUAAGUCCUGAGCAACAGAAGAAAGCUACCGAGGAGCGAACAGAGCUUCGAACUGUAGCCUUAGAGAUGGUUGCCAAGAUGACCGUUGCAACACCAGAGGCCGCUAUCCAGACAACGCAGACGCUUACAGUCAUUAUAAGUGGUCCUGCUGAAGAGAUCAGCUCGGAAGGACUGAGGUCCUGUGUGAGUACCGUCAGCUCUAUCACCACCAUGUUGCAGCAGACUGCCGGUAGGGACCCAAACAAUGCUGCCAGCGUUCAAGUCGCCGCUGCCGCCGUGGUGCAGACAGUAGGCCACAUCGUCACUGUGUUUUCAGCAACUACUGUUGGUGUGUCCUCUCGCUCCUCCGGCUCUGAUCCGAACCUUCCUACUACCUUACCGAUGACUGACCCAGCCACAGGGGAGCCGGCCACAGAGCCCACUGGGAGGGAGACCAUUAGCCAGGAAGAAGCUGAAAGGCUAAAAGCGACAGGAACUCAAGUCGAAAGUGCCAUUAGAACAAUUGCCAGCAUUGUUAUUGGAAACCAAGGAGUCGGCGAAAAUGCGACCACAAUUUCGUCUCCUGGCGUGACCUUAUCGGUUCAGGUACAAACGGACUUGAAUAAUCUGGCCGUGGAGAUGUCAGGGGGAUCAUUCACGUGUCCGAGUAACCUCGCACAGUCUGAAGCUGCAGUGGGUGUGGGAGACGAGGCUUCCACUGUCUCAUUUGCUUCUGUUAGCAUGGUCUUACAAGGAAACAUAUUUAACUGGCAUCCAAGCGCUGCUUACGUCAAAUCCAGCAAUGUCGUCUCCCUUGAGCUCAAGAAUCAAACAGACGGCACAGAAAUGUCCUUCAACAACACCUCAGAUAAUUUUGAAAUUUGGAUUGGUAGAGCAGCGCAAACGGUUCGCACUACAACACAUACAUUAAAGCACAGAUCCUUUAAAUACCAGACGCUCACAAUGGGCAUGAACGACUCUUCUUUACAUAUAAUUUUCCAUGCGAACGCCUGCACCAAAUUAAAAGUCCUCGUCAAAAAGGGCGGUUUCCCAAAUGAAAACGACUACGAUUUUAACAUGACCCUCCCUCGAGAGGAUUCUGGCGUCGACUAUAACUCCACAUCUUGUAAUACAACGGUCAACGCGACGGCGUACACAGUGUUCUUCAGCAACGAGUUCUUCAACAGGACCGCGGCAGGGGUUUACACAGUGGGGUUCCUGUGGGAAGAUGGCGCAGACCAUCUGACUGAUCUCAAUGUGACGUUGACUAUUUUCACUUCGUCUUGUCGCUACUGGGACAACAAGAUGGAGCAAUGGAGCUCUGCAGGAUGUGUGGUUGACAUACGGACCAGAACAGACUACACUCUGUGCUUAUGUAAUCACUUGACAUCGUUUGCAUCUGGGAUGUUUGUACCUCCCAACACCAUCGACUGGGAUAAAUUCCUGGCGUUCGACUUGAGUCAAGGCUACGUGUGCUUCGCCACAGUGUUAACUGUUAUUGGCCUGUAUCUGGUCUUCCUGAUACCUGCGCGUAAAGCGGACAAAGCCGACGCUGAAAAGACUGGCGUGACUCCGAUACCCGAUAAUGACCCACGUGACACCUAUUGCUAUGAGAUUCAUAUUCACACUGGCUUCAUCCGCGGCGCUGGCACGAGCGCUGAUGUGUCCAUUGUGCUGAAUGGGGCCGUGGCAGAUAGCGACCCUCGCGUUCUCAAAGACCCGAAACGCAAGGUUUUCAAGACUGGAGGAGUAGACGCUUUCCUUCUCACGGUGCCCCAGUCUUUGGGCAACCUGAAGAAUAUCCGACUCUGGCACAAUAACGGCGGCGCCUACCCCUCGUGGAACCUUCUCCGCGUCAUGAUACAAGAUCUGCAGACCGACCAGCGAUGGUGGUUCGUGUGCGAUGAUUGGCUAGCCGUAGACGAGGGUGAUGGCAAGAUCGACAGGGUUAUUUAUCCAGCGACAAAGAACGAGCUCACCAAGUUCAACGUACUAUUCGCUACCGAGGUCCGGAAGAAUCUAACCGAUGGGCACUUAUGGUUCUCCGUGGUUACCCGCCCUGCCAACAGCCCCUUCACACGCGUCCAGCGCCUCACAUGUUGCCUGUCCAUCCUGCUGUGUACGAUGCUCGCAAACCUCAUGUUCUAUCGCUCCCCUAGCGAGGGCGCCCGCGAGAAUGCCCCCACGGGUUCCAUACAGAUCGCAGGCUUCACAUUCUCCCUUGAGCAGAUCUCUAUUGGCAUCACAAGCAGCUUGGUGGUGUUCCCGGCGAACUUGAUCGUUGUUCAGUUGUUCAGAAAAGCGAGGGCAAAGGAGACGAAGAUGGAUUUAAAGGCGGAGCAGGCGGUAGAGGAGUUUGAUGAUAUUGCCAAGGAGAAAAUAGAUCCUUCUGAGGAGAUGAAAGAGGCGCCUAAGACGAAGAAGGAAGGCAUCCCGCACUGGUGUGUGUACAUCGCGUACUCUCUGGCCCUACUCAGCUCCCUUGCGGCAUCUGUUGUUAUCAUGGCCUACGGUUUCACCUUCGGGCCCGAAAAGUCAGCACAAUGGCUGCUGUCAAUGUCCAUCUCGUUCUUCCAAGAUGUAUUGGUCUCCCAGCCUAUCAAGGUCUUCUUGCUGGCUUCGAUAUUUGCUCUCCUUAUCAAGGACCCGAAUAAGGCAGAGAGCGAUCCACUUACUGACGUGAAAGAUCUGUCACAAGACGAAGAAUGGCUUCAUGAUAAAACGGCGGACUUGGACGAUGACACGAAAAUGAACUUGAAGAAGAUGAUGGUGGACCGGCCUCCUGACGAGGCAAAGCUUGAAAUCGCCCGUCAACUAAGAUUCAAGGAACGUCAAAUGGCGUCCAUCAUGCGCGAGAUAGUGUGGUACCUGAUCUUCCUUUUCAUCGUGCUCAGUAUCAGUUACGGGAACCGCGACCCCUAUACUCAGCUAGUCACCAAUAACGUGGAGAAUGUGUUCUUGCAAGCGUCUUACAACGGUUCCACGAAAUUCGACGAGAUUGGCUCAACGCGUGACUACUGGCCUUGGCUGAAGGACACAGUCAUCCCUUCAAUCUUCAUCGAGAAAUGGUACAAUGACCAAGACUAUCAUCUCGGAUAUCUGGCAGACACCCCGACGGCUUGGGUCCUCGCCGUCGCUCGGCUUAGACAACUACGCAUGCAGAAACACACGUGUCCGCUCCUUCCUGCGCUGCAGCAUGUCAUACCAUCCUGCAAUGACUUCUAUAGCUCGGACGAGGAGGAGCGCGGCAUGCUGCUGCCAGGCUGGAAGGAGCCGGUAGUCGCCGUCAACAGCACACCUCCCCCAAUACCGGCGUCGAGACAGAAGACCGCGUGGCAGUACCAAACAGGCGAAGAACUCAAAACCUUUCCCUACUGGGGCCAGAAAGCGACCUACAGCGCCGGAGGGUAUGUUCAGGUGUUUCCACCCAGUACCGCUAAGAACUACGACAAAGCGCAAGCCCUUGCGGACGCCCUGAACGAAAAUGACUGGCUGGACAAGUACACUCGCGCAGUCUUCACCGAAUUCUCCAUUUACAAUGCCAACUCUAACCUCUUCUGCGUGGUAACCCUACUUAUAGAGCAGCUUCCUACUGGAGGCAUAUUCAAGUUCCCCAGUAUACUCACCCUUCGACUCUACCGUUAUGUCGGCGGCGAGAUGUUUUUCGUCGCGGCUUGUGAGAUAAUUUACUUGCUCUUCACCGCCUAUUUCAUCUUCAGGGAGAUUAAGCAAGCGUACAAACUUGGACUCGAUAAGCUGAAGAACCCAUGGAGCAUCCUUGAGAUUUUCGUCACGUGUCUCUCACUAUCCAUGGUUGUUCUCUACUUUCUUAGGAUCAAGUUUACUGCAGAAGUCGUCAAAGAUAUGAGAAAUGACCCGACUCGAUUUGUGAGCCUUCACUACACGGCUUUCCUGGAUGAGUGGAUCAAAUGCCUGAUGGGUCUCAUCGUGUUCUUCUCGUUCAUCAAGAUCGUCCGCCUACUCAGGUUCAACCGUAGGAUGUCCUUAUUGGCGCAGACCCUUAAACUUUGCAUCCCGAAAAUCGGCGCGUUUGUGAUAGUCUAUGGGAUUGCAUUCUUCGCGUACGCUCAGCUGGCUUGCUUGGUGUUUGGACAGAACGCUGAAGGCUUCAUGACAAUUCCACGCAGUGCUGCAACCCUCAUGGACACACUGCUCGGAAAGUUCACCCUUAAGGAGAUGUCCGACAUCAACAGGCUGAUUGGGCCGACAUUUUUCUAUAUCUACACUCUGAGCAUGAUCUUCAUCCUCAUCAAUAUGUUUAUGUCUAUCAUCAACGACUCGUUCGCGGAGGUGAAUAGCGACGUUAGCAAGCAGGCGAACGACUACGAAAUUGUUGACUUCAUGAUCCAUCGACUGAAGGAAAACAUUGGCAAAACCAUGGGCUCUGGUGUAAUGCCAGUCUACAAGGAACCUAAGAGUAAACUGGAAAGAGACUUUGAUGAGAUCGAGGAACAUGCUGAUAAUAUUAUGCACUACAUGAGGAACAUGGCGUUCGAGAACAUGAGGCACACCCGUUGGUUUGACAACGACACGGCGAAGGAGAAGAAGAAAAAGAUGUUCGAGCUCUUGAUGCAGGUCGACUGGGACUACUUUGAGGAUGAACUCGGCGACGGGAUCCCUGUGUUCGAGGACUUCCUCCAGAAACACGACGAAGCGAAACUCGAUGAUGUCUUGAUCUCCUUCAAGCGCAAGAAGGAAUUAGACAACGAAGGUUUCGAGUAUAAUGAUGACGAGUCGUCUGAAGCUGCCUCCUCGGAUGAUGAUGAUGAUGAUGAUGAUGACGAUGAUAGUGAUGACAGUGAGGAUAAUGAUUCAAACGAUGGCUCUGACUAUGUCUCGAGGUCUGAAGACGAAGGAGAUUACACAAAAUUUGCUGCUACAUUAAACCCAACGAGUGCCAGACCCAGAACAACCGAUCCAGCCGAUUCAACUGCAAGCACACUUUUUUAUCGCCCCAAAUCGGCUCCAGACAAGGGCAUAGCAACUGAUCAAGAGAUCCAGGAAGUGCUGGGAGACGUUGAGACAGAAAACGCGAGGAGAUGUGUUACCGACGCAGAGUUGAAGGCCUUCCUCCCAGAACUCACUGCCCUGAAUGAUGACAACCAGCCCACCUACGAUGGGGAGCCUGAAAAGUCCGUAAAGAAAAAGGGAAAGAAGAAGAAAAACAAGAAAAAGAAAGGUCAAACUCCUAUGGGAACCAGGAGUGCGUGGGAUCUGAAUGACCAAGGCGUCGAAAAUGCAGCUUUUGCCCAAGAAUCCGAUCAUCCCAAUACAAGCCGGAUAACGCAAGUGCCUUUUGGGUCAGCUACACCUGCGCCCGGCCAGGUAAACCAGGGGUACGAGAGCGACCUUCCCUUGCCUACCCCCACCAGGAUUAGACUGCUAUCGCCUGUGCCUGAUGGAAUCUACGAGGAGAUUGACGAAGGGCAGAUCUACGAUAUCAUUAAUCCACGCUCGUCACAGAUCUGAUUUUUUUUGUGGUAAUCUAACCAGGGACUUUUAUUCAAGUAGUAGCAAUAUAUAGAAUCGCCGCCGACCACCGUCACACAAUACAGUAUUUUUGGAGUUUGCGUCACGCAAUACGCUGCCACUGGAAGUGUUUUGUGUCACGUAAUACGCCGCAAUGGUGGUAUUUGCUUCACGCAGUUUUCUAUUACUAGGAGACAUUCGCCGCGUAAUACUCUGCCAAUGGAGGGGUUUCGUGUCACGUAAUACGCUACAAUGGGAACGCUUGUGUCAUGCUAUCUGCAAUCAGAGGGGUUUUUCCGUGUUUUAUGUCACACAACUAGCUUGGAUUGUUUGCGUCAGGCAAUACGCUACAAUGGAAGUAUUUUGUCACCCAUUACCCUAUCACUAAGGAGUGUUGCUCGUUUUGCCAUAAAUUGUCUGACGGCUGUGGUUGGCCUGCGUGCGGGAUGUAGCAAUAGUUGUGUUUGAGCCGUACCACAAAAAUGUAUUUCACUUUAAAAAGAAUACGAAAGUCGUACCGAUUUUAUUGAAGCCAGCGCUUAGCAUGAUAUUCUCAUAGUUUAUGCACUAACGAUGACUCAAAAGGAAAUUGCAACUUUCACUUCAAUGACACAAAAGAACGCUAGAUUUUGGACGACUUCUCCGGAAGAAGAAUUUUUAUCUUUUUGUAGAAAGAAAACCUGUUGGUCAGACUCAUGAGCUUCUUGCGAUUUUAUUUAUACAAAACCCUGAGGCGUACCUUAGCUAGGAAUAAUUUCAUGAAAUAAUGUAUUUUUUCUUGUAGGAAAAGGAUAAAUUCCGUUCGAAAAUCAUUCCUAUCACGUAGUAGUAGCUAAAGACAACCUUUUUACUUCAAACAAGUAAGUUUACUGAAGAAUUUAUCAAUAUUUCACCUUUCGUUGCUAUUGUAUUUCGUUUGUUUAAAGAAGUACUCAAUGGUUCAAUAUUUACUGAACUAAGAACCUUGAAUAUCUUGUAAACCCUGGCUAUCGUUACUCAUCCAGAAAAAUACUUGUUGCUGACUUUAUCGUUUAUAAGCAAUUUUAAUCCAAUUCAUAACAAUAACAGCAACAACAACAUUUUAUUUACCUCUAAGCUUACAAACAUUCCUUUUUAAGAUACAGAAUAAAUAUAAUCCGUUUCUCCCGAUGAAAUACACCUAUUUCAAAUAUGGUUGCACACGGAGAAUCUGUGUAUCGUAACCCGCGGUGGUUCAUGGAUAUGAAGUAAAUAAGCUAACAGGUGUAAAUGAAAUACAAGUAACGGUUUCAAAAGCUGUAGAAUUCUUGUUAAAUGUUCUUAUAAAAAUUCACAUGGCUUUUAGAUACAAGGAUUCAGCCGUUUAUUCGUUACCCAUGAACAACUGCGGGUUACGACACAUGGAUUCUUCAGUGCAUCCUUAUUUAAAAUAGGUGUAUAAAUCAAACUUAAACCAAAUCGUCGUUUUCUCAUUCGGAUGAAAGCAACAAUCUGUUAUGUUCACGUUAAGAACAUAACUUCAAUAACUUUUUUAAGAGCUAUAAACCGAAAACAAUUCGUUAUUUGAUCCUUAUUAGCCUAAAUACCUGUUAUGACCUACUUUUUGUAAAUUAAAUACCAUCAUGAACUCGAAAGAUGCUUGUAAAUAAGGUUGUCUAUGGUACAUAUAUUUGUAUGUUGUGCACAGCGAAUAAUAAACUUAAGUAAUAAACUUUA